AUGCUGGCUUCCUUGGCAGCUCUGUUUCUGCUAUGGCUGCCGGAGACGUCCCAGGCCGGCGAAAGCUGCAGCGGGGGCGAGGCUUCGAUGCUGCAGAUGGGAAGCCGGAAGUGGGCGCCGAUGUCGCCGCGGCGCCGCAGGACUGCAGUCACUACAGAGCCACCUGGGCCUGAGAUGCCCCCGAACCUUCCCAAGUACACGGUGCAGCUCAGUGGCAAAGGUGGCUAUCUCGGCUUCCUCGUUUUCAAUGAUAAAACAACGUGGGGAACAGCAAUGGCGGAUGCGGGAAAGUACUUGAUGCAGCAGCGGCUGGUCGACGAUGCAGUCGUUCCUCCUUGUUCCGCUGCUGCUGCCGCCGCGUGCCUGCAGAUCAAGGAAUGGGGCGCUGUCGCCAUACUAGCCAUGGAAAAUCCGACUACGAAUGUUCCUGAUGAAGGUGGCGAGCUGGAGGUGACUUUCGAAUGUGAGAAGCACAUGGAGCCGGACCUGGCUGCCUAUUCCCGAAGCCUCGGGCUGGCUCCGAAGAAGCGAGAGACCUUCGCGGGGAACCUCAAGAAACAAGGCGUCUACACGAAGUCGCAGCUGAGGGGCCAGAAAUAUCAGAGUCUCUUCAAAGAUGUGGCCACUGACAAUGAUGAUGAGAAGCUGCUCGGGGAGAAGUUGUCGGCAGCCCAGGCGCAGACUGGCGGAAGAAUUCCGCUGAAGAACGCGGCGGAAGAGGCUGACAAGGUCAAGGAGCAGGUCGCUGGUAUGAAGCAGCAGCUGCAAGACGCUCGCACAAAGAUGGAGGAUGCUGCGAAGGCUGGCGAUGCAGAUUUGGCAAACCAGGCGAAGGCCCAGCUCGACAACGUGCUCUCGCAGCUGAGCGGCAUCGACGUCUCAGCCGCCAAUUUGAGCACGGCUCAGCAGAUGAGCGAAAUGAAUGCAGCGAUCGCCUCUGGCGGUUUCGUGAACGGACGAUCGCUGGAGACGAGGGAGCUCAUUGCCUUCAACGGCGUCUUCCGUGGGAUCGACCUGAUGACCACCUUCAAGCCCUCCUUGAAAGCGCAAGCGGUGUCGCUGAAACCUUGGUAUGCCCAGAUGUCCGACGAUACCUUGGCUCUGUAUAGCCAACUUCGCCCGGAGAUCGACAGUCAAGAGUUUUACAUCGAGUCGCAGCAGGCCAGCGACCUACAGGUCGCCAAUGGCAUGGUGGACACCUACGGGAGCAGUGCCUUCCACACCUCCGUGAACAGCUGGCAAGCCGGCAUUGACAUCACGAGCAGUUGCUUUGCGGGCGGAGGCAGUGGUGGCGACUCCAAGAGCAAGUCCUCCGGACAGUCGAAGCAGGACCAGGACUCGCAGUCAAAGAAUCUGCAGAAGAGCAUCACCGCCCUGGCGAAAACACAGUAUUUCUUCCAGCCUAAGCUGCUGCUCUACUUCUCCCAGGGCAUGUUGCAGAUGUCCGAAGACUUUACGGACCGCUGCCAUCGGGCUUCCUACGCCUUAUGCAAGUUCGCAGGGCGCGAAAACUGCUCGAAGUGGAUCGAUUCCGUGCAGUCCAGCGCCAACGUUUCCUCUAAGCCAUCCGACUCUUCCAUCCAGAUCCGCUUUGUUGUAACCAACGUCUCGGUUCUCUUGAUCCUUCAGCAGCCGGACUUCAAGGAGGGCAUCAAGGACGCUCUGGGCAAUGCUGUGGCCGCCAUGUCUUCUGGGGCAAACAUCAGCGACAUCGAUGUGGAACUCUUUAAGCCGGACCGAUCCUUCGCGCCGGGUGGAGACAUCUACUCCAGCAUGCAGGUCAAGGUCACAAUACGCCGGGCCACCAUGGAGAUGUACGGCGGUCUCGAGAUCUACGAGGGCCGCGGCUUCCUGCAGCCAGGGAUCCUCUCAGCCUUUCUUUCGUAUCCCUACAUCAACAAAGUGCGGAUCGUUGAGGAAAAUUCGAGUACAUACACGAAGGUCCAACUGGAUUAUUUCCUGCUCCAAUUCUCUCCUCUGACCACGCAGGGCGCAGACAGCGGCCAGGGCGGCUUCAAUGCUAUGGCGGAACCUCUGCCUGACGCGACAGCAGACGAGGUCGUGCCGGCCCUGAUGUAUGACUUCGGGAGCCAUGUCUGCCCCCACGUGACGCUAGGUGGCUGGUGGAGGGUCACGGCCAACUAUGCCAGCACUGUCAACCAGGAGAAGAUUGACGUCGAGAGGGCAACCUCUGAGGCUAUGGAAAAGGCCCGGGCCGAAGCUUGGGGCCUCAACGCCAAUGCCGCAGGGACCCGGAACGGCGUCUCUGGCGGCGCGGCCGGGGGAGGUGGGCGCUCUUCAGGCGACCAUGAAUCCCACAACGACUCGUCGGGCAACAAGGAUGUGCAGCAGCAGGCGAUGAAGAAUGCGACAAUGCAGAUCGAACAGACUUGGAAAGGAGGAGCCCCAGGCGUAAGCCCCUCGAACUGGCGCCGGAGCCUGGACUUUUCAAUGAGCUCGAACUGGAAGGUGAUUCAGCGCGACCUCACCCGAUGCAUUGGGGUCUGGAGCUUCGUCGACGAUCCAGAUCUUGCGGAUGCACUCUGUGCGCGAUGGAUACAGCUGUUUAUGCAGGCCCAGAACCUCACCAGGACACAGGUUCCCCUGAAGAUCCAGCAGGCGGCAUGCUCCACUACGCAGAACAUGCAGUACCUGAUCCAGUACGCGCACAACGCAUCGACCUGGAAGAAGCAGCAGGCGGCGGACAGGUGCGAGGCUGAACAUCCUGGUUACUACUAUACGCCUACAGGCAAGUGCCUGCCCAAGCAGUGCUAUUGCACCAUCGAGCUUGACCGAAGGGCGGGUACCCGCGGUGUCGACUGCCCCGAAAAUGGCAAAACCGACUGUGAAGGCUGCUGCACGUUUGAGCAGAGAUCGUACUGUACAACCAAUGCAUGCGCCAGUGGCUUUAUUAUCAAGAAGGAUGCAGGGGGGCGCUUUUGCCAGCUUUCGACAUGCACCCCGACGUUCGACAACAGCAUGUGCUGCACAAAGGCGGAUGUUGGAACGAAGUUCCAGUUGACUUUCAAAGUCAGUUCCGAUGAUGACUGUGGGACAGACUCAGAUGUCUACGGUUGGCUGACGUAUAGGACCGGGAAAGGUGCGAUGAAGCUUCUCAGCACAUCCAAAAACGACUUCCAGGCGGGUGCGGAAGAGCCCUUUGUCUACAGCUUUGAAGCGCCACAGCAUCCCUUGGAAAUCUGUGUCUACAAUGAGGGUGAUGAUGAGCUGUGCCUGGACUCGGUGAAGAUUGCGAACGACGAUUCCGACUCCCCAAUGCCUCUCGGAAUCACGAAGGGAUGGCCUUCGCUGAGCUCAGACGAUGAGGACCACGACGACGACGGCGCAGUGGAUGACAAGUGCAUUCCCAUCGUCUACACUUACAACAGCCUCAGUGAGAUUUAG